UGACCCAUUGCCUUAUUCUGGGCUUUGGCCAAUAAGUCACAUUUCACAUGCCUGGGAAGCUGAUUGCUGAACAGAGGUGGAGUUAGAACUUUAUUGUUUAAAGGGACUGAAAUCAUCACAACACUAUUGGCCAGCAGGGGUAAAAGUUGCUGUGCAACCAGCAACCAAUCAGAUCUCGGCAAUCUGUUUAAAGGGUUGUUCCCCCCUGGGAGGUAAAGUGUCAGUACUGGCUACCCAGGGGACAGUGUGCUUAACUCAGAGCUUCAGUGACUAUCACCCCAGCCUUUUUCUUGCCCAUUCUGGAGCCGAUUAAGCCCAGGAUUUGGGUCUUCUGAUCUUGAAAUCAUGCCAGUCCUUUCUGCCCAUCAUCGACCUUUGGCUUCAAUGGACAGAGAAUGUUUUCGAGAGGACGACAGUCUUACAAACCUCCAGUGGCUUCAGGACUUCUCUAUCCUCAGUACUGAUUUGUCUUCCAUUGCUACCACAUGCCCCCCUGUAUCCUGUAGCACUCAGGGUCCCUGCAGCCCCCCAGCCGGGGAUACAGCUUCCUGCCAUGGUCCACGACUGGGGAAACAGAGAUCCACCCAAGGAACCUCUGCCUGGCCCUCCCUGCCCACAGCACCCUCCAGUCCAGUGCAAGAGGUGGAUUACCGAACCAACCCUGAUGUCAAACCGCCAUACUCCUAUGCCAGCCUAAUCUGCAUGGCCAUGGAAGCCAGUCAGCAGCGCAAGCUGACGCUGUCCGCCAUCUACAACUGGAUCACUCAGAACUUCUGCUACUACCGACAUGCUGACCCCAGCUGGCAGAAUUCGAUCCGUCACAAUUUGUCUCUAAAUAAAUGCUUCAUGAAGGUUCCUCGGGGGAAGGAUGAACCAGGGAAGGGAGGGUUCUGGCAGAUGGACCCUCGCUAUGCUGAUAUGUUUGUGAAUGGUGUACUGAAGAGAAAGAGGAUGCCAUCCCAUCUUGACCCCCCUCGUUACAACAGGGUGGCCAUCCACCAUCCUUACCAUAAUACUGGGCGGCAGACUGGCUACCACUUGCCUCAGGCCUCUUGUGGACACAAGCAGUCAAGAAGACGUGAGAAGCCCAGUCCUGUGUUGCCUGUAUCAAGGGUUCAAGAACAUCAUGGAGAUACCAUUUUCCUUUCUGAAGACCCCUCACAUGGAAGCAAUUUUGAUGACCUUGAUUUGCAAACAGCUUUAAUAUCGUUGUGGUGGGAGGGAGACCAGGGGGGGGUUCCUGGAUUAAACACUGCUGCUAUAGGACCAUCAGGAAUGGAAGUAACUCCACAGGAUUCUUCAUUAAUGGAAAACCACUGGCUCCUCUCCUCAGAACCCCAACAUUCUUGGGAGGAAGUGAAGGAAGAGCCAGUAAUAGAACAGUGGUACGGAGACAGUGGAUAUACAGAUGCAUUAUACGAGUGCUCACCUUGGGAACAAGUGGAGACUCUGCUUUGAUCCAUCAUCCUGUGACAUACAAAUAGCAUAAUGAUUGUGGCAGAAGAUGACUGAACAAGGACCCAAGUCCACAAUUGCUGUUUCAGCCAUUUUUCAACACAGAUUGAUAUAUGGAGCACUCUUGAUUAAGAAAGAUUUGUGCAAUUAUUGUUGGGUCUUCAACUUUUAUCUGAACGUUGGAGAAUUUAUAUUACUGAUGCAUCAUGGCGUAACAGUCAUAUAACUGUUUGCCUUGGAGAUAAGUGACACUUCCAUCAACUGCUCUACACUGAGAGCUCUUAGCCAUAUAGCGCCUUCCAGGCUAUGCAAUUUACUAUUAAAAAUGUAAUUAUUAUUAUUUUUUUUAUAUAUAUUAAAAGCAGUUGCACUUCUUGCCCGAGGGCUUUUAUCCAUACAAUUUUAUGCGGUGAUGUUUUGAAGACACCAACGCAAAUACUAGACUAUAUUUUUUACAAUAUCUGUAUAAUAUAAUAAUCUAAUUAGGGUGAUGAAGUUAUGAUGAAUUGUAAUGUGGUCGUGUAUCCCACAGUCUUUGUGUACGGAAGAUGGGGGGGAUAAACAGUUCAUGACAAAAGAUUUUGUUAUUAGGCCAUUAUUGGCCUGUGCAGAAUAAAUGAAUCAAUGCUAAA